AAGCAUCCCCGAGUCUUUUCGCAAACCGUCAAGAUGCUCAUCCCCAAGGCCGACCGCAAGGCGAUCCACGAGUACCUCUUCCGAGAGGGCGUACUGGUCGCAAAGAAGGACUUCAACCUCCCCAAGCACGGAGAGAUUGACACCAAGAACCUUUUCGUCAUCAAAGCUUGCCAGUCUUUGACCUCUCGCGGUUACCUCAAGACCCGCUUCUCAUGGCAAUACUACUACUACACCCUCACCCCCGAGGGUCUCGACUACCUCCGUGAAUGGCUCCACCUCCCCGCCGAGAUUGUUCCCCAGACCCACAUCAAGCAGCAGCGCUCUGCUCCUCCCCGAGGCAUGCUCGGCGGUGACGACCGUGAGCGCCGUGGCGGAGGCCGUGGUGGCCGUGGCGGUGACCGUGGCGAGUACCGCCGCCGUGACCAGGGCGAGAAGGCUGAGGGCGGUGCUCCCGGCGAGUUCAAGCCCGAGUUCCGUGGUGGAUUCGGACGUGGCCGUGGUGCUGCUCCUGCUUCUUAAAGCAGUUGAGAGGGCUUUUCGGAGUAGGGCUAGAUAUCGUUUCAUAUUCAUGUCGGGCUUUGCUGCAUAACAAAAUGGGUUCGGA